GUCAGAAGAUGGGAUGAGUGAGUUCAUUGCUCUGUUUUCCUCCCUCACAUAACAGAAAAGAUGCAGCUUGAAGUGCCAGUGUAAAGCAAAAUCCUCUCUUUGGGCAUGUAAAAGCUAUGAAUAUAUGUGCUGGCUUCUUCUGUCCUAGAAAAACAAAAGAAACAAAAGGAUGCUUAGCUCUGCUAUGUUGCUGGGUGCCAGGUCUCUGCAUCCUCUCCUGAUGGCCCCGGGUUACUGAUCUUCUUUUGCCUGGGUGAAGAGCUGGGCGCCUGAAGUGGGACGGGCAAAGAGGGGAAACUCUGGCCCCGUCCCGUUCUCCACUUUUAAUGAGCGCUCCGAUCAUGCAGGAGUAAAAGUCCAGGUGGAACAGUUCAGCGCUUGCACACACGCCCGCUGGUCUGAAUUUGCUUUUUCAAUGAAAGAGUAAGGAUUCGGGAAAAAACUGCGCAGGGAAUUACUUUUUUCUAACGCCUGGAGGAUUAUUUUACCUUCUCAGGUUGGGAGGUUAUACAAGGACAUCUGGCUGACCUGCUGAACCAGCACACCACCCAUCAUGAUCAGAGCAUCACUCACUGCCAUCUGCCUCGCACUCCUCCUGUCCUGUGCUUGCUGGGCCAAACCUAACGGAUCAAAGAACAAGAAACCAAAGCAAGUUGUUCCUGAGAUAGAGUGCGAUGUCAGAGCAGGAAAGAUAAAUCUCCCAGAGUUCAUAGUCAAAUGUCCUGCACACUGUAAGGAGACAAAGCAGCAAGUCUACGGGACGGGCGUGUUCGCCUCCAUCUCCAGCAUCUGCAACGCAGCCAUUCACAGUGGCAUCAUCACCAACACAGGAGGAAAGGUGAUAGUGAGGAAGAUGGCUGGCCAAAACAUCUACAAAGGCAGCAAUUCAAACGGAGUGCGCUCUCUGUCUCUACCGAAGUGGAGAGAGUCAUUCGUUGUCUCAGUGGGGAAGCCCAAGAAAGGAGUGAUCUACCCCUCUACGCUGGACUAUGUCCCUUCGAGACCAACCUACGUGAAAACAAGUCAAAAGGAGGCCAAAUCCCCUGCGGUCACCACAGUGAUGCCUCCGACAACAGCACCUGAACCCACCACUAUUACAACACCUGAACCCACCACCACCACAAUGGCUCCCACCACCACCACCACUACACCUCCACCACCACCCACUACCACCAAGGCUCGAGCUGCUGUCCAUAAAGUCAGGGAUGCAGGCAGCAGUCACCCAUACCUUGCCUCUGUGGCAGCCGCAAGUUCAAGACAGUCACAGAAUGGUCAAGGAAAGAGUCUCGGCCAAGUAUUCAGAGGAAGUGCCUAUCCGAAUAGAUUCCCACAACGUGCCAGUGCAGGUCUGCGCAGACCAGAGGCAGGGUCGGUUAUCAGGAGACCACCAUCCUCUCCAGUUGGCCCAGCUUUUAACAGGGUUCAACCGGCCCCACCCGAGCGGAGUCCAACCAUGAGCCAGUCCAACCCCGCUUUUCCUAGAAGGGAUUGGGCCCCCCCUUCCUUUCCUCGUCCUGAUUGGUUCCCAGGAGCUCGACGACCAGCAGAUGUUAGUUAUGCAGCUCCAGACUCGGGAUACACGUGGACUGAGGCGGACACACCUGAGAUUUCAGCUCGGGAUCACAGGCCUGAUAUCUCAGAAUAUGAGCGCUGGUUUUAUAACUUUGGACAAUACAUGCCUCGCUCCACUGACUCAGAUGGCAUCCGUAAAGUGCCAUUGGACACAACCCAUACUAGAGUGGAGCCUGUCGAUGCCUGGAAGCCCGAAGCAAACCUUUAUGAAUCAGGCUUCAACGUGAGAGAGCAAGAACCUGUACCCAGAGCACCUGAGCCGGUGUCACAGGGAGACCCAAAUUGUAAGGUGGACAUGGUCUUCCUGAUGGAUGGGAGCUGGAGCAUUGGGAAGAGGCGCUUCAAGAUCCAGAAGGACUUCCUGUCUGAAGUGGCUCAGACCAUCAACGUGGGUGUGGCUGGACCCAUGAUGGGCAUCAUCCAAUACGGGGACGACCCUGUGACAGAGAUCAGUCUGAAGUCUUACUCCAACUCCAAAGAGGUGAAGUCAGCCGUAGAUAAGAUUGUGCAGAAGGGAGGCCUCUCCAAUGUUGGAAAGGCCCUCACCUACAUCAACAAAUUGUACUUCAGCGAUGCCAAUGGAAACCGAGGUGGAGCUCCCAACGUUGCUGUGGUGCUGGUGGACGGCUGGCCCACAGACAAGGUGGAGGAGGCGUCUCGGCUCGCUCGGGAGUCCGGAAUCAACAUAUUCUUCGUCACCAUCGAGGGCCCUGAUGAUAACGAGAAACAAAACCUGGUUGAGGCCAACUUUGUUGACAAGGCUGUGUGUCGGACCAACGGCUUCUUCUCCCUGCCUGUGACCAGCUGGUUUGCCCUGAGGAAGGCCGUGCAACCCCUGGUGAAAAGAGUGUGUGACACAGACCGCCUGGUGUGCAGCAAAACCUGCCUCAACGCCAACGACAUCGCCUUCGUCAUCGACGGCUCCAGCAGUGUGGGAACUGGCAACUUCCGCACAGUGCUGCAGUUUGUGGCCAACGUCACGCGGGAAUUUGAAAUCUCUGACACGGACACACGGGUCGGAGCUGUGCAGUACACCUACGAGCAGAGGCUGGAGUUCGCCUUCGGCCAGUACAACCACAAGACUGAGCUGCUGAAUGCCAUCAAACGCAUCAACUACUGGAGCGGCGGGACCAGCACUGGGGCAGCCAUUACCUAUGCUGCAGAGCAGCUUUUCAGCAAAUCUAAACCCAACAAACGCAAGAUCAUGAUUGUGAUUACAGAUGGGCGCUCCUAUGAUGACGUCAGGGCACCUGCACUGGCUGUCCAUCGCCAAGGUGUGAUCGCCUACUCCAUCGGCAUCGCCUGGGCAGCCCAGGAUGAGCUGGAGUACAUCGCCACAGACCCCGACAAAGAGCACUCCUUCUUCGUUGACGAGUUCGACAACCUCUACAAAUUUGUGCCCAAGAUUAUUAACAACAUCUGCCAGGAGUUCAACUCCCAGCCCAGAAACUGAGAACAGACGGGUGGAGGGGAGGUGUAUAGGGAGGGAGACAUCUUGAUCCUGGGCUGUCUUAACAGAACACUGAUUGUAAAUUUACUCACUCUGUUGCCCAGAUGGCGGCGCUGGAUUGGCUGCAGCGCCCCAUAUUUGAACAGGGAGGGAUUUUGAGUUUAGGUGAGGAUUGUGGGUUUGGACAAAACAAAUCUUAAAGUGAAUCCCAAAUAUACAGAUGGUGCUAACGGUAAAGGGUUUGCAUACACGGCGACAUCUCAUGUGUAUUGUGGAGCCAGUUGUUCUCUGUUGGUGCCAUAGAGAGAACAGAGUAUCCCUCCUCCCAUCUUUAAUAAUGGCUUUAAUAAGUCAACUUUUAUGAAGUGUUUUUAAGUUGUAACUAAGGGUUUUUAUUAAUGUUAAUAAAUAAUUUAUUAAUGCUUUAUAGAUAAGUUAUAAGCCAAUAAUCAGAGCAACAUUUGGGUUGCCAGAUUGUGAAAUAUCCACCUCAAUUGUGUAAAUCCUCUGGUAUUAAACAUUAUUUGGCUUUUUAGGCUGUUUUUUUACUUUAUCAUGCAAACCUCUCAAGCUCACCAUUAGAGCUCUGGCCAUCUGGAAAAGAGCUGCAGAACAUCUGGACCCACAUUCACUUUUUAACAACCUUUUUGUGUUUAUUAACUGCAGAUUUGAUGGAAUUAUUUUGUAACUACAAGCUUCAUCAACUACAAGCUUCAUCAUCAAUCAAGUGACAAACUAGAGGAGCCAAAGGGAUUUUUCACAACUUGGAAACCCAGAAGUUGUUCUUCAAUAAAGCAUCAGUAAAGUAUUUAUUAACAUCAAUAAAGCCCCUUAAGUACAACUUUUAUAACGUUUAUAAAGGCUGCCUUAUUAGGAAGUGGUACCAAAAUGAUUAACAAACAUAAAGCUACCUUACUGGGAUAUGGUGCUUGCAGAGAAAUGUAGAUUUAAAGCAUGCCUAGCACUUCCUCUUAUGGCUUAACAUACUUCAUAAACUUAAUAUGGUGCUUUUUAUACAAUUCUCUGUAAAGAGGAUAUACUUUCUUAGAAUUGGUGCAUUUUGAUCUUCUUAAUAGGAGAGAUUUGAUAGUAGGGACAUUGUUAAAGUUCCUCUCAAAGACUACGGUGCUGAUAUUGAGUGGUAGUUGAAAUGAGGCUUAUGUGCAACCAACAUGUGGACGUGAAAAGCAUGGAACAAAGGAGUGGAGGAAAGAGGAGUGACAGCAGAUUCAUCUCGUUCACUUGUUUUCUAAUAGUGUGGUUGCUUCUAACACUGCAGGCAUUUUCUGUUUUGUUGAAAGAGUAUUUAUAAUUUUCUCCCUAUUAUGUCCUGUUUGUACAUAUGCAUAUUAAAAGCCUUUCACUAUUAAUGUUCAGAUAAUUGAUCAAUAUUUUUUUUUUUUUUGCAAUUUUUAAUAAAAUAAAGAAAAUGAACG